AAAAACUUGAAACUUUUUUACAAGGAAAUCGAAAUUGGAAUCCAUUGCAGCCAUAGAGUAAAUUAUCCAUCCAUGGCGGAUCUCGUCGCUGUCAAGACUUUUAUUUAAUUUCUGUUUCAAUUAUGAAGCACCUUCAAUGAUUUUAAGUGAGAUUAUAGUGUGGAAGUGAUCGUGUGGCGGCGCGGUCUCGGUGAUACGGCUCGUUGGUCGGCAGCACCAUGUUCAGUGGGACGGUGCGAGUUAGAGUAUGCGAGGCGACGGGUCUUCGGCCGACCGACUUUCAGAAACGGCACAAUAUGACCUUCGGAAAGCCAGACGACCAGCCGAUAGACCCGUACGUGUCUAUAGACGCCGACGAGCACCACCUGGCCCGCUCCAGCACCAAGCCGAAAACAUUCGACCCAGUGUGGAACGAAACGUUCUCUCACGAGGUGCACAAUGUUGGCAGUUUGGGCAUCACCGUAUUCCACGAUGCAGCCAUUCCGCCGGAUGACUUCGUGGCAAACUGCACGAUACCGUUUGAAGAUCUGAUGCUGCGUGACAAAGAGGCCACGGAUUUUUGGGUCGACUUGGAACCUCAGGGGAAAUUGCAUCUUAAAAUAGAUCUGAUAUGGAAUUCUCAAGGCGCGGAGAGCGCGGCGGGCGCGGGCGCGGGCGCGGCGCGCGGGCGCGGGCGCGAGUUCAAGGAGGGCGCGGGGUUCGCGCGGCGCCGCGGGGCCAUGCGCCGGCGCGUGCACCAGGUCAACGGACACAAGUUCAUGGCCACCUUCCUGCGACAGCCCACCUUCUGCAGCCACUGCCGCGAGUUCAUCUGGGGUCUGGGUAAGCAGGGCUACCAAUGCCAAGUGUGCACGUGCGUGGUCCACAAGCGAUGUCACUCCCUGGUGGUGACCAAGUGUCCGGGCAUGAAGGAGGAGGUAAGGCAGCAGAGCGUGGCGGGCGUGAGCGGCGGCCAGCGGUUCAACGUCAACGUGCCGCACCGGUUCGUCGUGCACUCCUACAAGCGCUUCACCUUCUGCGACCACUGCGGCUCGCUGCUCUACGGACUCAUCAAGCAGGGGCUGCAGUGCGAAGUGUGUUCUAUGAACGUGCACAAGCGAUGUCAGAAGAACGUGGCGAACAACUGCGGCAUCAACACCAAGGUGAUGGCCGAGAUACUCAACGAGAUGGGCAUCUCGCCGGACAAGAACCCACGACCCAGACCAUCUAAGUACUUGAACGCGUCGCUGCUGGAGGGCGCGGGCGAGCUCGCCGCCGCCGACGACAAGGACGCCGACAAGCACGACGACAAAGAGACGGUGGCGCCGUGGAGGGCGACGCGCCGCGACGUGCAGCAGCUCUACGACAUCAUCGAAGGCAUGAGCGCGGGCGGUGACGGGGGACGUGACAAAGUGUCGCUGGACGACUUCCACUUCAUCAAGGUGUUGGGCAAGGGCUCGUUCGGCAAGGUCAUGCUGGCCGAGAAGAAGGGCACGGACGAGGUGUACGCCGUGAAGGUGCUGAAGAAGGACGCCAUCAUCCAGGACGACGACGUGGAGUGCACGCUGACGGAGCGCCGCGUGCUGGCCCUGGCGGCGCGCCACCCCUUCCUCACGGCGCUGCACUCCGCCUUCCAGACCUCCGAGCGGCUGUUCUUCGUCAUGGAGUACGUGGAGGGCGGCGACCUCAUGUUCCAGAUCCAGCGCGCGCGCAAGUUCGACGAGCCGCGCGCCAGGUUCUACGCCGCCGAGGUCACGCUGGCGCUCGACUUCCUGCACGGCCACGGCGUCAUCUAUCGCGACCUCAAGCUCGACAACAUCCUGCUCGACAGCGACGGACACUGCAAGCUCGCCGACUUCGGCAUGUGCAAGGAGGGCAUACUCGACGGUGCGACCACCACCACUUUUUGUGGUACCCCUGAUUACAUUGCGCCUGAGAUUCUGCAAGAGCUGGAAUACGGUCCGUCGGUGGACUGGUGGGCGCUGGGCGUGCUGCUGUACGAGAUGUUGGCGGGACAGCCGCCGUUCGAGGCGGACAACGAGGACGACCUGUUCGAGAGCAUCCUGCACGACGACGUGCUGUACCCAGUGUGGCUCUCCAAGGACGCCGUCUCCAUACUCAAAGGGUUCAUGACGAAGAACCCGUCGCGGCGGCUGGGCGUGUGCGGCGGCGCGGGCGGCAUCCGCGCGCACCAGUUCUUCCGCGACGUGGACUGGGACGCGCUCGCGCAGCGCCGCCUGCGCCCGCCCUUCCGACCCAAGGUGAAGAGCAAGCGCGAGGCUGUGAACUUUGACGCGGAGUUCACGAAAGAGGAGCCCGUCCUCACGCCCGUGCCGCCGGACGUCGUCCGAGCCAUCAACCAGGAGGAGUUCCGCGGUUUCUCGUUCGUGAACAAGGACUUCAACCCGCAGCCGGCGGUGGUGGAGAAGCCGCCCGUGGCCUGAACCCUCCCUCGCGCGGCACGGAGCGAUCCUCUCACGCCAUCACUCUAGUCAUCGGAGGGAGUAGCGAGUGUACCGCGGCGUACACUGCGUUUUGGAUGUCUGUCUUAGCGUACGUAGGUUAGGGAGCGCUCGAGUCUCUACUAUCGAUAAGUUUUUGGCAGUCUCUGUCGAUUUAAUAAACGCAGCGUUGGUUUAGAUCUGAUUUAGAUCUUUAUUAUGUCGAAUCCAAACGGAUUUUCGACUAUUUUGUUAAGUUUAUUUUAUUCGUUUAUUCAAAAUAUUUAUCGCUUAAUGUACCAUAGAGAUCUGACCACAGAUGUGUUGAUCCCCAAGGAAACCCCCCCCCCCCUCUCGCGUUGCGUCUAUUAGUUCGACAGAAUAUCUCAUUUUAUCAUCACACUUGACAUCACAUUAUUUUUUACUUACAAAAGUAAUACUUGACCCUUUCACGACAGUACCAUAGCGUUAGCGCGGGAAUAUUUUCACAAACUUCUUGUUGAUACAUGCAAAUAUUUAUCUUGGAAAAACAUCGAGAACAAUACUCGAUAAACGCAGAGCUUUUAUUGAUAUUGAUCGAUACAUAUAUCGAUUAAUAUCGAUAGUAAAAUAAUAGAAUAGUUGUGCAGUUCUUUCGUGAUAAAUACAGUGUAUGUAAGCUGAAUCGUACUAGAAUUAGCCGCAGUAAGCGAUUACCUCAGUCAAAAAUAAUAUAUUAGGCCUGGGUUACACUACGUCCAAUGUCCGAAUUUCGGUGAAUGAGUUAGGCUGAAUAAUAUUCUUUAGAUUUGUCAGUUUGUCAUUAUUUGUCAAUAUUAAAAUAAAAUAUGGGGCAGAUAAAAUUGUAUGGCAUUAGGGCAUUAACUAUCUCCGCAAGUCAGAUUACAAUGGUAGUUGAUUCUAGCUUAACCAUCCUAUUUAUUCUAUCCAGUAGUCCACGAAUUGUAUAGUAGGUCCAUAAGGAUUCCACAUUUAUAAUACCUAGGUAGACUAGGUCUUAGGGCGUAGUGUAGCCAAGUGUACUCUACCUCGUAAUUGAGUAUAUCUGAAGUUGCCAAAUGGUAGUUGAAAUUAUUUUGUUUUGAUCAACAUACACGAUUGUUUUCUUAUGAUGUGUCUCUGUCCACGAUUGCACUAGCCAGAGUUGAAUAAUUUUAAAAGAUUAUUAUAUUACGUAUAUUUUAUAUUUAUUGUGCACAUGGUCGGUACGUGAAAUGAGUAUAUAGCAAUAUGCAAUAUUAGAUGAUUAUUGAAAGUAUAUAAUGUUAUCUGACAUAGGUGGUCUGUUUUACACGGCUUGUUGAGUAGUUUGUCCGUAUAUUACAAAUCUAGGCUAUGCAUAUUUAUUGCACAAAAUUCCUAAAUCUAUUAAUUUCUCCAGCGAAUUUUGCGGUAUUUAAAAUUUAUUUUGCAUAAAUGUUAUCUGAGUUUGGACCAAAAAAGUGUUUAAAAAUAAAUUAUCACAAUCAGAUUAAAUAAUAUUGACAAAGAAACUAUACGAUCAACAAAUGUUCGUGGUGUCAAAGAAAAGAAAGAUGCUGGAAGAUUUUAUAUCACCGUGAUAUAUUUCUUUGAUGUUUGGUGCAUAACAGAGUAUAUUAGAUCCGUGUACCAAAUUGUUCGCGCAACAGUGAAGUUACCAAAAAGUUAUGAAAUUAUUUUAUUUAUUGUUGAUACUAUAUUGAAUAUAUUUUCCAUUGAGAUUAAACGAUAUAAGGUUAGAGCAAUUAUAAUUGUAAAUAUUGAUGAAAAUGCAUAUUUGAAAGUAAGUAAUACGCGAUAGGUGUGGCCAGCGUUGAAUUUUUAUUUUAAAUAUUUAGUAGAUUUUUUUCGCGCUGGCAACACUACGUUGCAUGGGAUGAGUCAAGUAAAACCCCAUUCGCGUUAGUAGCGUAUCAUUAUUGCGCGUGAUUACGUGUCUGUGUGUGUGUGCGUGCGGGUAUGUGUGUGUGUGCGUGUGUUGUGCGCUGAGGCGGAGGGGAGGGAUCGCUGGGAGGGGUUUUGUUUUAUUUGUUCACGUGACGUACCUACCGAACGGUGCUUUUGAUAUAUUUGAAUUUAUAACGAAAUGGGGAAUUGACUUUUGGUUGGUUGUUGUCUCCCUAUGUAAACUGCACUGGUUUGAUAGUGGGAGAAUCUAAUUAGUUGGGUUAAGGGACUCUGUUAGGAGCAAGGAUAAAUGUGUUGAUAUCCAGAGUAGUAUUUAUGGCCUAUUCGUCGUUACGAUUAAUCUUGCUUUGUGUUUGUCGAAGCCGAAAUACGUUUUCGAGAUCGCAUAUAUUUUGGUGUUCGAUUUGUUUAAAGAGCGCGUGGAAUCUUGAACGUGUGCGAAUGAACCCGAAGCCGAAUUUUCGGGCUAAAUGAAACCAGUGCUGCAGGGAGUUGGUUCACAGUUGGUUCCUAAUUUGAUACAAAGUGUGUAAUAUCUCGCUUCUAGUCCUACGUUGUGUGAAACAUUGCGUUUAUUAUGUAUACCUACGUUAGUUGCGGAGCAUUUCUUCCAAUACUCAUUACGUUUCGGGCUUUACUCCACACUCGUUCUCGCAGUAUUGUACCCGUAAAGCUUGUGACACACUUGGUAACUGAUCCACGUGGAAGUGUAACACAAGCUUUACCGUCCCUGCCUGAGUUGUUUUAUGGAAUAUUUUGUUUUGUUUUUGUACAAGUACUGUAAGUACAUUAUUGUUUGCGGACAUCAGCGUGAGUGCGAGUGUGAAGCUAUUGGUAACGCUUCGCUCUGUCACGUAGCGACAGUAUUCUUUUUUGGAGUAUUAUUUCUAGUUCUUAUCGUUAGUACCGAAUAUACCAAAGGUGUUAAGUUUACGUUAUAGUUUAUGGGACAUUUUAAGUGUACGUUGUAUGUAAGAGGGCGCUCCGCCCUUCAGCAAGGAGAUCAAUGCACAAAUGUAAUGCUUUAUGUAGUUGUUAGUGUACUAUAAUUGAAACAAAUAUAUAUUAUAUAAAUUAUAAACAAAUUAUAAAUCUCUGUAUGUGUGUGUUUUGGUCUAAAAGGGCUGGUUAUAGGCGGUAUAAGCAGAAUCAAAAGCACCUUGCCUAGUACACUUUCAUAACAACAUUAUCAUUGAAGUGUACUAAGUUAAGGCUAGUAGUUUCCUCAUAGAUGACCCCUAAAAGUGGCCUUUUUGACAUUUGAUCAUGAUAUCGCCGUGUCGAGUCGCAGCAUUCGCAGCCGUCUCUUACGUUCGAGUUAGUUGGAGUUUAGUCGGCAUACUGGAUGAGAUGUGCGUUGUGAUCGAGUUUCGUGUCAUUUGUAGCGUCAGUGUCUGUCCAGACAGGAACGAAGCUGAGCUAAGCUGGUCUGACGUAACCGACCAAUAGAAUUGCACAAUAUAUACAUCUCGGCUACGUAUUGAUCUAUGUUGUUUUUCAGACUGGGCGCGUACAAUCCUAUUGGUUAAUAAUUUCUUCUCAGCUGAGCCCCCUUAGAAUGUUAUAAACACGACACGAUGCUCCGUGUCGUUUAAUUUAAUGUUUGUGAUUGGCCAAGAGACCAACGUGUAAGUCACACGUUAGCUUCUCGACCAAUCACAAUGAAACGACAUGUAAUGUUUGUUGCUUUCGUUUUAAGGGGGCAGCUCAGUUUCUUCCUUGCGUGUUGACUCACAAGCAUUCUUAAUGUAUUGACACGUUUUACUGGCGCCGAAUAUUAUCUCCUCGCGUUAUGUUGUUUAGCAGACCACUGCAUGUGGCUGGUAAUUGUUAUUUUGUUCCAGUGAUAAAUAUCGAUAUAUUUAUCGAUGUGUUUUUUUAUUUAUCGAUUUCACUUCUUGAAAGUAAUUUUUUAUCAAUAAUGUCAAGAGGGAAUUGAUAGUAUUGUGAUUGAUUUAGAAAUGUUUUUUUUUUAAUAGUGAUGGUCGGCCGUAGUUCCUGAUACCAACGUAAAGCUUGUAUUUGAGGGUGGAUUCAGGACUAUGUGUGACUAUGUGGGGAUUAUUUUAUCUACUAGUAUACAUUUUCAAACCCACUCCAUAAAAUAAUAUAUCGGCACUAGUACAACGAUUUUCAUACAAUAUGAAAUUCCGACACGGAGUUGUGUAGCGCGGUCCAACGCGAUGUCAUUCUGUAGUGAUGUGAAGUGUUACGUAGCGCGGUAGUGUUGUGACACGUCGAUAUCGCGGUGUGCGUUGGUCGCUGUUUUCUAACGUUCAUUCUGUUAAUUAGACGUAAGUUUGGUGUCUGUGCGUUAUUAAUUUUUGAUGUGAAUCAUACUAAUACAUACCAUGAGUGCGGUGUGAUCAUUCUGUGUACUCAAUGAAAUGCUAUGUUUUUAAAUGGAUUUAUUUGGUCAUUGUUUGGUUUUGUUGAGGAUUAUGUAAUAAAAAUAGGAAUUAUUGUUAUUUAUUUUCACAUAGUGCAAAAUUAUAGAUUCAUGGGUGCAAUUAGAUUGAUGAAAGAGUUGGAAUGCACUAGUAUAUUUAAAAAAAUAUCGUUGUGUUUUUAGUACUUAUUAUAUAAUAACACAUAGUUCAGCUUCUAAUAUAGAUAAUUAUUUAGCCGCGUUUUCACCAACAUAUAUAUAAAAAUGGGGAUGUCAAAAGACCAAUGCAUCAAAGUGUGGCUUCGUCGAAUUAUUGUAGUGUUUUAUUGGGCGUUAAAGAUUUACUUAGUUUAAAGAAACUUGUGCAAGCAUACGCUUUUAUUGUAUGCAGAAUUAUCACACGGUACAUUAAAUGACGCGUCACAUAUUGUAAAGAUGGCGCGUGUAACGUUAGAUGUGUCAAGUCGCGUCUUAUUUAUUUCUGAUACAUAUGUCCUACAUAGUUGUGUGGUGUAUGCGUGCGUGUGCGUGUGCGCGUGAGUGCGUGUGCGUGUGCGCGUGUGCGUGUGCGCGUGUGUAGCGCGCCGGCGCAUCGCCGAGCGUUGGGUUCCCGCGGGAGUGCACAGAGGUCCCGCGGGAGUCGCCCCGCCGCCGCAUUUCCACGUAGUUGAAUAGGUUUAAGGGUAUAUUUUAUCGAUGUUAUCUGAUCCUGUAGUGGUUCCCCGUGAGUAGUGGUUUGUUUUGUGUCGGCGGUGCAGUGUGGCGGCGGGACGUCCGCUCGGCUCUGUAAUAGCUGUGAUUACGUUGUGUAAGAUUUGUUUCCGUAAUACAUGUGUUCUCAUUGCCGACCUGGUUUAUGCAAACAAUAAUAUGAUGCGUUUUAGAAACAUAUUUUUGAUUUUUUCGAAUUUUUACAAUGUUGUUUAUUUUAUUCCUUUUUUGUAAGUGUCCGUUGCGCUGGUAUCUUUAUUUUAAAAGAAUUCUAAGCGUUUAAAGUACUUACAUAUUUAUUUUGAUUUCGAUUAAUUUCGUAUACCUCCAAAAUGAGAGAAUUUUAUUAUUACCUCCGCAUCGGACACACAUAGAAAUAAAUGCAAAUUUAGUACAAUUUAUGUCAUAUGUGAGCGUGCUCCAAUCAUUGCGGAUGCACAGAUGCACUCGAAGCUAUUUAUAUACAAACCACAUCAUACAUCAUGUAAUUAAAACCAGUUGUAACACUUAAGCCCGGUUUCGUUUUGGGACCGCUGAAAAUGUUGAAAGGGAAUCCUUUAAAUUUGUUUUCGUAAUUCAUAUUUAAAUACACCCAAAGCAUCAUGUUUAGGGGUCUCAAGAUUGGAAACGGGCUUAUACCCACUUGGGUCCGCCCUGGAUCGUGUUUCUCUGAAGUGAAAGAGCGAUUUUCGUCAAUGGGCUCAAGACGGACUUCUCUCUUAGUGUCGACAGGUUUCCUUCACUCACCACCAUGUUAGUAGUGGGUGGUGCGCGAACUAAUGAACUUAUGCUGACUUAUAAUCAACAUAAGUGUUACCGCCUUACGACUCUUAAAUAAUCGGGUCUUGUCUAAUGAAAACUACAAGAAACCGAUUAGCCAAGUCGAAGGCGUUUGGUACGUUUGACGGCAGACACAAGUGGGGUUGUGUCGAAUGAGUUUGUACUGAACGGGGGAAGCUCGGUUUUAUUUGUCGUAUGUUUUGUAACAAUACAGGUACCUGAACAUUGUGUGGUGUUACAACUCGGGUACAUGGCUGACGUAUUGACGGACAGUUCGCUGCGUUGUGUAUUUAUUAUGAAACAUUUUGUUAUUAAGAUAAAUAUGUCUGUUACUUUGGUAAAUUGUUACUAUAGUUUAUAUUGUUCUCAUUGUAGGCGCGAACCUCCUCUACUGAAGGGGGUUUCAGCAUGAUUGUCUCACUUCUUUGAACUUAGUGUGUUUUCCUUCAUUGUUAAAAUUUGUGUUAACAAUGUCAGCGAACUGUCCGAAUCCACUAUACACUAGAUCAAGUAAUUUUCAUAUAUUCUUUCUAUUCUAUAAUAAUAUUUAUUGAUUUAAGAAUAAAGUUGAGUUCCACGUUUCACCAACUGUGCCAAAAUAAAUAAACCUGUGAAUUGAACACAUUGGCCGGUUAUUUCGCGAAUUAGUUUGACGCGCAGGGCGAUGAGCCGGCUGUAAAGCAAGAUCACGGGUUCGAUCAGAGACAAGUGCUUGUCUCUAUUACAGAAGCACGUGGUUUAGCUUCUGAUAACAUUAGACGGUCUCCUGUGGGACUACGAGACAUGUGUGGCCGCUUCUCGAAAUAACCGGCCGAUGCUCAAGUGGACCAUAAACUCUUUAUAAAUAGCUUGUUUCACGCAAAUGCUAUGGACUUUGCUCGAAUGGCGCAUCGCUUGUCUAUACAGCGCUCACUUGCUACUGAGCAUGCUCUAUUACGGAUAGAUGCUCUGCCUACUUGCUCGACUAGUCAAUGAGCGUAAUGCCAAAUGAUUAUGUUGAGUGCGCUUUUGUCCUACACAGCAUCUCCAGGCAGACUACAAAUAUACUGUGACGUCUUAUAUCUAUUGUUGAUAAUGCACUGUACACUCACUGUUAUAGUAAUUUUUUAAGACUGUAUGUCAAGCGAUGCAGCUUUAUUGUAGACCAUGCGUGGUGGUUGCAGUUAAUGAGAUUUUCUAGAUCCAAAACAUGACAAUUAGAUGAUACUCUUUAGGCUUCACGCUAUACCAUACUACAUCGUGACCCCAGUCGCAGGAGGCGGAGUACUCUUCAUCUGCUCGUCACUGGGAUAGCGAAACAAGAGGAGUCUUAAGGCAUUCGGUAAUCUCACUCUCCAUACGAAACGCAAGAUCAAAUGUCCACUUCGCGCUAGUUUUCAAUGAAAUAGUAUUACUGCAUCAUAAAUGUCCCACAGACACCAGAAAUACAGAAAUAAUUGAACAUAGUAAAGUUAUCUUGAGAACAAUUAAUUGCAAUCACUACGCCGGUCCGCACAGAGCAUGUGCCGCUGCAAUAUCGCACGUUUGUCCACCGUGUAAAAAAUAAAACGAACGUACAUAUUUCGAUGCCAUUUUAAUUAAGCCAUAUGUUAGCUGUAACAUACAUAUCGCAUUGUUUUCAUACUUUAUACCUCACGCGUGUGUAUACACAGCGAUGCGAUGCGAUGCAAAGCUACGCUUAUGUAGUAGGCGAUGGGUGUGUAACAAGAUACCGCUAGUUCGUAUCUACACUGAGACAAAUGUUCAAUUGGGUGUCUGUUUCGGUUGUAGAUUGUGGGUUUGACGGUCCUUCGUGGUUCAAAGUCAUGUACCUUAAUGCGAGGCCAAGUAGAUAUUACGUGAAAUUUAAUCAUGACUGCGUUAAGGGACUAUAGACGGAACACUUUUCGCCAUACUACUUUACUGUUAAUAUAUGUAAAUAACAGCAAAAAUAAAUGUAAUUUUUGUGGUUGUUGGCCAAUUGUAAUAUCAUUGCUUUCUACCGCAACGCAUAUCUGUGUGUACACAAGCACAUGCAGUCAGCGGUGCAACAUGUCCGGUGUUGAACAUAGCACAAUAUUGAAAUCAAUAAAGUUUUAUAUUUUACGUGUGGCGCUGCAGGAAUGCAAACACCUCUCUUCUAUUACUUAAUUACAAUAUUAAUUUACUACUUAACUCUUCAUAGGUUUGUACAGUUUUAAACUCCUAAUUAUAAUGCCUGAAUACGCAUGCUACUUAAAAAAGUAACUUGUAGCAAGCAAUGAGUCUGUGUCUACAGAACUACGUUGGUCUCGGCAGUGUUGUGUGCUACUAGUGAGUAAGCAUGCUCUUUUAGCACGAGUAUUUUAGUGAAUUCUGUACGGGAGUUGGUGCUUUGGUUUGCGUUGCUGCAGGCUGUACGUUCAUGUUAUUUUUUACUAAUUUUUGAAUAUGCUUAUAUUAUAAAAUAUUUUACGCUUCCCAGAGGUGUUAUAGCCAAAGAACGGAUUGUACAAAGCGGCUGAAAGCCAAUAUUUUGUUGUCUAUUAGUUGAAUUCAUAGUCUUGCCAGUGGUAAUGUCCGAAUAUAGGAUACACUUUUGGUAAAAUAUAUAAAAAUAAAUUAAUAUUAUUAAAAGUGUUUUUUGUAUGGUUGAUGCUUUAGCAUUACGGAGUGUACUUAACGACGGGAAUCUCCAGUUACCAAUGUUGGAAAAUAUACAGCCGCGACUACACGAACGGCCUUACUCGCUUGUAAUAAAGUUUAAUUAUCUUAAAAUUAAAUAACAUAGCAAAAUAUUGUAUUUUGUAAAUAAAUAUAAACAGAUCUUACGGUAUGUUAAAUUUACACAUAGGCCCUUCAUGCACUCGCGGCGCCAUGAUCUGAUAGAUCUUUAUAAUCUGAUUUUAUACGUUAAUUAUCGUGCCAUUCGAAUAUUUAUUUAUUUAAUUGUAUUGUAACCGCCAUUUUGAAACGGAUUGUAAACCGAAACGAAUUAUAACUUAUGCAAUUUGUUUUUACAAAAGAUCUGAGAAUGUGUUGGCGAUGGUAUGUUAUAGUAGAAGUAUACUUCGUAAUGUAUUCGUAUGUUUAUGUUAUUAGUAGCUAACAAGAUACGAGACCUGUUGUAUUGCGGCGGGACGAACCGGGAUCUCGGGGACUUUAAAGUAUAAUUUAAAAAAUAUAUGGUUUUUAUAUGUUUUUAUGGUUUUGAAUAUGAUUUUAUCUAUGUACCGAUGGUACAAUUACAAAUAAAGAUUUUUUUUUAUAUUUUUUUUUAUUGUGUCCCCGAAACCACGGCUGUCCGUCCGCAUAAUACUUAUAUUUGUUGUUCGUUCACUGAGUCACUAUUAGAACACAUUUAGCUGAGUAAAUUAAUGCAUAAUAUAAUAUAGUUUUAUGAUGAAAUAAAAUAUGUAUAUGUAAUCCUACAUGUCUAUUAAAUCGAUGAAAAUAGAUUAUUA